CUCCCUUCCUUCCCCAACUAUACACCAAGCACCGCAAAUUCCUCUUAAUCCGUUCUUCCCCGUCUCUUUCUACCUUUGUAUCUCUCUUCCACGCUGCUCCUCCCCCAUAUCCUCCACUCCCACCAUGCCUCGAUCCACCAACAGCUCCACCUUCUUCUCCCGCCGCUGCGUUUUGGUCAACGGACCCAUCAUCGUCGGCGCCGGCCCAUCGGGCCUUGCCACUGCCGCCUGCCUUAAAGACCAAGGCGUUCCCUUUGUCAUCCUCGAACGCGCUGACUGCAUUGCCUCCUUAUGGCAACGCCGCACCUACGACCGCCUGAAACUUCACCUCCCAAAAAAAUUCUGCGAGCUCCCACUCUUCCCCUUCCCCAAAGACUACCCAGAGUACCCCAACAAGAAACAGUUCAUCGAAUACUUGGAAUCCUACGCCAAGCAAUUCGGUAUCCGCCCGCGGUUUAAUGAAAAUGUUAAGUCUUCCAGGUACGACGAAGCCUGCGGUUUGUGGCGAGUGAGAACCACUUGUGUGAAUGGCGAGGUGGAGUAUAUGGGGCGGUGGCUGGUGGCGGCUACCGGUGAGAAUGCAGAGAGGAUGAUUCCAGAAAUAGAAGGGAUUUUGGAGUUCGGUGAUGGAGUUUCGCAUGUUUGUGAUUAUAAGUCAGGGAAGGAGUAUGCCGGAAAGCGCGUGCUUGUUGUUGGAUGCGGAAAUUCCGGCAUGGAGGUUUCUUUAGACCUCUGUGACCACAAUGCAUUCCCGUCGAUGGUGGUUCGUGACUCGGUUCAUGUUUUACCAUGUGAGAUAUUUGGGAGAUCAACUUUUGAGGUGGCGGUUUAUUUGAUGAAAUGGCUACCUCUGUGGCUGGUUGACAGAAUUGUGUUGAUCUUAUCAUAUCUAGUUCUUGGUAACGUAGAGAAAUAUGGCUUGAAGAGGCCAUGUACUGGUCCCUUGGAGCUCAAAAACACUCAUGGAAAAACGCCAGUUUUGGACAUUGGUGCACUCGGAAAGAUCAAGGCAGGUGAAAUAAAGAUUGUUCCUGGGGUGAGGAGGUUUUUGCCUGGAAAAGUUCAGCUUGUUGAUGGCACGAUACUUGAUAUCGACUCCGUUAUCUUCGCCACUGGAUACAACAGCAAUGUUCCUUCAUGGCUGCAGGGGAGUGAUUUCUUCGCAAACGAUGGAUUCCCAAAGAAGCCAUUUCCCAACAGUUGGAAAGGAGAAUCAGGGUUCUACGCUGUUGGCUUCACAAAGAAGGGGCUUCUAGGUGCAUCUUUUGAUGCAGUAAGAGUUGCAGGGGAAAUUGGCAAAGUGUGGAAAGAGGAAAUAAGACAGCAGAAGAGGCAAGGAGCAUACCAUCGGAGAUGCUUCUCACAGCUUUAAGCUUUUGAUUUCUUAUACUUACUAACUUCCUACCUGAACCAUUCUUUUGUUAAGAAACUGAUUGUGUGAUUGUGUAAAUUAAGCAAUAGGAUUCUCACUCAAAGGAACCAAUUUUGAUGCUUAUGGAGCUUUAUUCACUUUUGGUAACUUUUGUACUACAUUUUAUUCCAUUUCAAUUCAAUGGAAAAAAGGCUGUUUUCCUACUACUAUCGCUUCAAUAGUCAGUACUGCUACAUUCCUCUG